AUGAAUCGAAAGCUAUCUGCGGCCCGUACCAUCCCGCCUGUCGACAAAUCUCGGUCACGAUGGGCAGCUUCGAAUGAGACGGUCUUUAUUAGCUACACAAGGCGCCUGAUCAUAUUGUCAAAUUCGAUGCAUCGCCCCUCAUUCUACCUGGCCAUGCAAUUUUCCUUCGUGCAUGCCCUCUCGCCGACAUACUAUAACUGCCAAGUUGAAAAGCCUCAAUCGAUUUCGCCACUCUUAGGAUGCCCCACCAACACAAUAUUUGUGUCUCAAGAUGUCAGCAACCCUUAUGCCACGUUCAACUCAAUCCAGUCUGCAAUCGAGUCUCUUCCUGGCGAGGGUGCUGCCACUAUCCUCAUUGGUGCCGGAUCAUAUCAUGAAACCGUGAAUAUCUCGCGCAACGGUCCUCUCACACUUCUGGGCCAACUUCCUGCUAAUGCCACCUUGGCUGCCAAACCCUUCGCAAAUCCCACAUCCGCUAACAUGAACCUCGUGCAGAUCUGGAACAACAACUUCGUGAUGAGUGGCCAGGACGAUGCAUCUUCUGCUGUACUCACUGUUGCGCCGAAUCUGGCUGCUGCACUCAUUGGCGCGGGACCAACUGGGGCCCCACUUCAACCUGUCUUUGGCAACGUCAAUUUCAAAGCGUACAACAUUGACAUCCAAAAUCGCGCUGCCAACUUUGCCAUCUCGCAAGCUCUUGCCACGGAUAUCUCUUAUGCUAAUGCGUCGUUCUAUGGAUGCUCCUUUGCGAGUUUCCAGGACACCUGGUAUACCGGAAGGAAUGCAAGCACCUACAUGGUUGAUAGUGUGGUGUUUGGUCAGACAGACUACCUGUUUGGUUUUGGGACCGCCUGGUUUCAAAACACCAUUUUUGCAAACCGCGCUUGCGGCGGCGGCCUCGUCGCAUGGAAAGGAACUAAUCUUACUGAUGCUCCGCGCAACAGAUACGGAGCAUAUAUUUCUGACUCGAAAAUCAUCCGUUCUCCCGAUGCAAACGCGACCACUGUCACCACCAACUCGUGCUUUCUAGGCCGGCCUUGGAACGACCUGGCUGUAACGGUGUUUCUUUCGACGUUUAUGGACCAGAGCAUUCGAUCUGCAGGAUUUGAACCAUUCAAUAGUGCCAGGCCAGCAAUCUUGAACACAACAUUUUAUGCUGAGUUUAACUCAAGCGGUCCUGGAGGAAACACCGCUGGACGAGUCUCUGUAGAACAUAUCCUGACGGCAGCAGAUGUCAAAGCCCAAGACUUCACGGUCGAUGGGGUAUUCUUGGAGCAUCCGAAAUGGAUCGACUUUGAGUAUCUAUUCUGA